AAUUAUUGGUGGCGCUGUUUGUGUCAGGGCCGUAGGUUGCUCCAUGUGUUUCAAAAAGAUUAUGUAUUUUUAUUAAUCUAGCUGUUUCUUGUAAUAGUUUUCUAAACAUUCAAGAUGAGUUGGAACUUCGGAACUAAAGUGGGUUGCCAACUGCUACAGUCUUUCUGGAAGUCUGCUGUAAUAAAAGAACAAAUCAGGAACACAGUGAUAGUUCGGCGGGUUACACCAGCAGGUUUGCCGAAGUUUGGUGAAGAAUAUCCGAGGAAAAUGAAAAAAAGACAUAAAGUUUUUUAUGUGGAGGAAAACCUGAACUUAAAACCCCAAGGUCAUCUGCAGUUGAUACUUUUGCAAGAUGUCCCAAAAAUUGGCUUGAAGGGAGAAAUAGUUACUGUUACUAAAAGAGUUGGUAGGAAUAAAUUACUAAUGAACCAGCUUGCCACAUAUGCAACACCAGAAAAUAUAGAAGAGCUGGCAGCAGUUCGAGAAGAGCAAGGCGAAGAUGCCAAGCUUACACCAUCAGCACGCAGGACAAUUGAAUACCUGAAGCAGAAGACUUUAACUGUAGAGAUGAGACCGGAGCUUGAUUGGACACUAUGCAGGGAAGAGGUGCUCCAUGCCUUCAAGAAGAAUCUAGGUGUUAUGGUUGCAGACCAUGCUCUCACAAUGCCUACAAAAGAAAUUACGAAUGAAUAUGGAAUGUAUGAGGUGAAAGUAACGAUAAAUGGUAUUGCCACGGUACCAGUUGCCAUGGAAGUAAUUAAAGCUAUAGACAAAUCUAGAAGAGCAAAGAAAGCAAGAAAGUUAGCAGAGGAAGAGGCAGCAAGACUAGCAGAACUUGAAAAACAGCAAAAGACAUGAAAGAGAAAAUGUAUGGUGGGCAGUUAGUGUCUUGAGAGAUAUUACUUCAAUUUCAGUUAUGUAUGAUGGGCAAAAGGUGCCACUGAAAAAAACUUUAUACAACAUUGCUUCAUAGUUCUUGUACUCUGUAUAACAGAGAGAGUGAAACAAUACUGAAGGAACUCUGGUGGCAACUAUUUACACCUUCUACAGUACAAUAAGCUUGAUUGAUAAAAAGUACAAAAGUAUCACAGAAUAGAAGCAAUAUUUCUGCAAAAAUCCAACCACUUUUAAUGCCAAUUUACACAUUUACACAUAACACACAGCAGCAUGCAACAGCGACAACUCCGUUGUACAAUCUACGUACACAUUGAGCAAAAAUAAAAAUAAACAUUUCAUCUUUAUGCUCACUAAUUGGUCAAAAUAUCCUAUUGCGUUAUUCUUUGCUGAGUGACAUGUCACGCACAAUUUGUGUGAAUUGUGGCUUUCCAUAAGGAAUAUAAUAGGUUUCACUGUCGCUGUUGUGUGCUGCUGUUGUGCUCUGUCAAAAUAAGCAUCGUGGGUAAAUUUAUUUAAUACUUAGCAUUGUGCUGAUACAUGUAAAAUAUAAAUUGAUUUGAUCAACAUUCUUAAAUUUAAACUUUGUAUAAUUUAUCCAAAUUGUUAAUCUUUAUAUUAUUCAACAAAAAUAUAAUUAAAACACAUUAGUUUGUGACAUUAGGUUCACUAUGUGUUAUAAAUUUCAAACAAUAAAACUUAUUUUCCUUUUAUGGUAAAACUUCAUAUACAGCACAUACUUGCAAUGAGCUAUAUAAUUGGUUGGCUUACAAUUAAUUUGUUGGAGGCUUUCAUUAUAAAAAAUUUAUCCUUUUGGCAGCCUCCAUGAGUAUGUUCAAGAGCUAACCUAUCUAAACAUUGUUAAAUAGAUAUGAUACUGUUCAUUUAUGAAAGACACUUUGUUUAAAAUAAUAUAUAUAUCCUCCUA